AUAUAAAACGACUAUUCUCUCUGUUUUAGAGUAUGGCUCUUUCUGCUUCCUCUCAGCAGCUGAGUGCCACCUAAUCAAAUUGGAACGAAUUCAAUAUCGUUGUUUGCGUAUUGCCCUUGGCUGUAUGCAUUCAACGCAUAACAUGAGCCUGGAGGUGCUUGCUGGAGUCACUCCUUUAAAGCACCGUUACUGGGAGCUCUCACUUAGAAUACUGAUCAAAUGUGGAACAAGUAACACACUUGUAUUAGAAAACUUCGAUAAUAUGCUUGAACUGGCUCAUCAUUCAAGAUACCUGCGAGUCUAUCUCAACUACAUAUCGACAGAUCUCUGUCUUCCAUGUUAUAAUCCACCUCGAGUUCACUUCGUCAACGACAGUUCCUCAAUUGAAUACGAUCUGUCCAUGAAACACGCUAUUCAAGGAAUACCAGAUCAUCUUCGACAAAUAUCUAUCCCUUCCAUUUUUUCUGAAAAAUAUGAACAUGUCAAUUGUAAUAACAGAUAUUUCACUGAUGGUUCUCGCAUUAACGGAUCCACUGGCUUCGGUGUUUUCAACGUAAAUUCAACCACUUUCCGAAAACUUCAAGAACCGUGUUCGGUUUAUGUUGCUGAGCUGGCAGCAAUUAAUUUCGCUUUGGGGAUAAUUUCCGAUCAGCCCGUAGACCAUUAUUUCAUCUUCUCGGAUAGUCUUAGUUCUAUCGAGGCACUCCGGUCGAUGAAACCUGUUAAGCACGCAUCUUACUUUCUUACAACUGUAAGAGAGCAGAUGCGUGAUUUGGUCGAAAGAUCAUUUAAGAUUACCUUUGUAUGGGUCCCAUCCCAUUGCCUAAUCUAUGGCAAUGAGAAGGCGGACUCGCUAGCAAAGGUGGGCGCACAGGAAGGUGAAGUUUAUGAUAGACAAAUCUCGAACAACGAGUUUUUCCCAUUAGUCCGUCAGAGUACUCUUCAAAAUUGGCAAAUGAUUUGGUCACACAAUGAACUUGGACGGUGGCUCUUUUCCAUAGUUCCUAAAGUUUCUGCGCGAGCGUGGUUCAGAGAAUAAACCUGGUUGAUAGCAACCUAUGUAGGUGUGGAGCCGGUUACGAUGACAUCGAUCACGUAGUUUGGUAUUGCUCGGAAAACGACGCCUCCAGAGAGCAACUAUUGGAUACCCUUGUGGCCCGAGCUAUGGCCAUCCGGAAGAUGCUCCCUGACGAACCACAACUCGAGCCCGACGCUACGCCAUACCGUUAUUGACGUCAAAUACCCGGAUGAGCAGCUGAAAUACCUCAAACCUAAAUCCCAACCUAGUCCGUCCUGAAAUUACGCAAUCUAACCUUGAGUCGCCACGAGUAUCUUGGUCUAUACCCUUUCCCCUUACUAACUGUUGAUAAUAAGAUGAUAUCGAUUGUAAAUAUCAUAAAGUCUCGGCUCCGUUAAGUGUUAUACACGCCUGAGCCUGUCAAAUA